UGGAAAUCACUCCCGCUUUUACUCGCGUGGCGGCCUUUACGCCCCGAACCAAACAGUCCCUUAGCAUUUUCGGCUCGCUCUUGUCACGUCUUGUGGCUGCACUAUCGCUGCUCCUUCUUCCCUGCCUCUGCCGCCUAUCUCCCAGCGGCAUGACAUCUCAGCACAGGAUGUCAGUGCCAUACCCACUGCUCUCAUCCAACCUCAACGUGCUCAGUGUGACUCUUCGACGUUGGUCAAAGGACCCUUGUACGCCAUUGCUGGACUCACAUUCUCAACCCCCCCAUCUGAUGUGCUAUAAUUGGCCCGAUCUCCUUGAGUCACCUGCGUAUUCCCGUGCGACUGCACCCAGGCGCUGCGAUGUAUAAAGGGCGCCCCCUCUGCUGUCCGAUCUCUCAUCCCCCACUGUCCGUCGUCUGCCCAAUUUGCCUCUCGUCCGACAUUUCCCAACCACCUCCCGUCAUGCGUGCUAGUUUCUUGGUCUCCUUUCUUGCGCUCGUCGCCACUGGCGUCUACUCUGUUCCUCGACCCCAGCUGCAGCCUAUCAGCGAAACCAUCAAGGCUACAGAGUGUGCCUGCGCCCAUCCCAACCAAGCGGCCAUAUCGGUUGGUACUGCAUAUUCCACCGCCGAUUCCGUUCCCACCGGUGUCCCCAUCUCCGAGGCCGACUGUCCCUGCGCGUAUGACACUACCAGUCAAGUCAUCGAUGCUAGCGACUACUCUGCUGAGCCUGCAGUCCGCGCCCUCGACCCAUCUGUCGCCGAGCAUGCUCUGUCUGACCAGCUCACUAGUGGCAAGUCUACCGACGGCACCAGUGCUUUGAUCGCUGCUGCGCCAGGUGCUGAACAGAGCGCGGAUGUGGAAUCCUUGAAGAAGGCGGGUCUCGCUCUCCUCGCCUCCAAGUACGGAAGCAUGCUGCCAUCCGCCACUCUUACAGCUGCUGCUGCCAAUCUUGGGCAGGGAAGCGCUUCGGCCGGUGGACAAGACAUUGACAUGGACGCCCUGAAGAAAGCUGGGCUUUCUCUUCUCGCCUCCAAGUACGGUAGCAUGGUGCCAUCGGCCGCUCUGCCUUCUGCUCGAGAUGUACCCAGCGCCGGGCCUAGUGGAUCUUCUGGAGCAAGUGGGCAAGACGUCGACAUGGAAGCGUUGAAGAAAGCUGGACUUGCUCUUCUUGCCUCCAAGUACGGAAGCAUGCUGCCAUCCGCCACUCUUACAGCUGCUGCUGCCAAUCUUGGGCAGGGAAGCGCUUCGGCUGGUGGACAAGACAUCGACAUGGACGCCUUGAAGGAAGCUGGGCUUUCUCUUCUCGCCUCCAAGUAUGGUAGCAUGGUACCUACCGCCGCCCUUCCUUCCGCUCGAAACGUCCCCAGUGCCGCUGCUUCCUUCGCCCAAGACUUUGUUGACGAGUACAACGAGAUUCCUGCCCAUGCAGUCGACGUCUGGCGUUCAGAGAACUCUCGCGGGUAUGUCUCGGAGCUUGCCGACGACAUCCUCAACAAGACUGCGGUCACUGGCAAACAUGUCUUGGAGGGCGCAUCUCAUGUCUUGAACAAGACUGCCUCUCUCGCCGAGAACACCGUCGAUAAGGCACUGUCUCUUCCCAGCGAGGAGCUCAAGCUCUUGAAGUCUUCCGAAAGACAUUUGGGUGUCAUCGUGAACGUGUCUGCAGAGCUGAGGGACAGUGACGAGGAAGCUGGAGACGCCGACGACGAGGAGCAGAGUGACGACAAUAUUUCCAACGCGGUCGGCCAGAAGUUUCCUAUCUACCCUCCCCCUGGGUCUUGGAACUAGGUGCAUAGGCCUCUGAUUUUCCAUACUUUAUUUGUCGAGAGGCGUUGCUGUCUUUGAAGGAGAUGGUCGUUGGCGAGGGCGUACGAGUGAUGACGACAUUAUUUUGACGAGAUGAUAUACAACAUGAGUUGCCUGUAACACUUGAUUGCUCUUUUUCUUGUGCCUGUGUUAUCAGAGUGCGAUCCUUCAGGAGUCUGCUGAUUCGACUUGCAAUGGUAAUUCGGCAUGCAUGGUCGCGAGGGG